UUUCGCGCCUUUUUCUCCUCUCACCCAUUUUUGGUCGGCACUCGCCGGUCCCUUCCACUUCCAACUCCCACCUACAACAAAUCGCCCAAAAAUAGAAACCCUAAUCAAAACCCUAAUUCUCAAUCCAACUAUAAGAAACCCUAAUCAAAAGCCCUAACAUCAUCUUCUUCUUCUUCCUCCGAUCUCCCGUCUCCGAUGGCGGGAGGAGGAUCGUCGGAAGCGGCCGCAUUGGUGCCCAUGGAGGACACGAUCGAAGCCCUAAUCGACCACCUCAUCGCGCCGCUCCUCCCCAUGAGGGGUUCGUCGCAGAACCCCCCUUCGAUUUCUCAGCAAGAGGAAAUGGGGAAGCAGAUGCAAGCAGUUGUGCUGCUUUACAAUUACUACCACAGGAGGCAGUUUCCGCAACUUGAAUUUCUUGGUUUCGAGUCUUUCUGCAAGUCUGCAUCCAUUGCUAAACCUGCUUUAUUGAACUAUAUGAAGUUCAUGCAUAACUGCAAUGGUGGAUUAGCAGAUCUCGAGAAACAGCUUUCAAUCACGGAGAAAAUGGUCAUGGAUGGCUGUAGUAUUUCUGCGGCAUUAGAUGCAUCAAAAAGUGCUCCAGAUAUGGAGAAGUGGCCAAUUUCAAAAGUCGCUGUUUUUUUAAUCAAUCCUACAAAAGAAACGUGUCUUCUUCAGUUCAGCUCUGUGACUAAGGGGGUUUGGUCAUUGGUGGAAAAAGAACUCGGCUCACCGGGCGAAGUUGUGGUAGGCGGUAAACAGCUGAAAAAACAUACAUCUGCGGAGAAGAAAACUGCAAAUGGUUCUUUAGAUAAGCCAUGUGAAGAUGAGCUUCAACGGCUUGCUUUUUCUGAAGUGGAGUAUAUAACAGGGAUCACUCGCACAAAUUUGCGCGUCAUGGAACGUGAUUUGGCUUACUCAUUAAGCAAAGAGAGGACGACUGCUAGGUUAUAUAUAAUGUGUUAUACUGAAGCUGUGAACAAGGGACUUACAGAAGUCCCUGUAAAAGAUGUACUCAACAGCUUGAGAGGUCCUUUAGUCAGAGGGGGCGUCACUGCAGAAGUAACAUCAGUAGUUGAGCAUUAUCUGCUAUUACCAUAUGCUGACAUCUUAUCCGGUUUGACAAACGGGAAAGCAUCUCUUCAUGAAGACCAAAGAGCAAACAAACAAACUCCUUGCAGUGAACAAUCUGUGGACAUACCGAGUUACAGAGACAACAAUAUCGGAAACAAGAAAUUCAAAAAGAAUGGAAACUAUGGAGCAUCUAAAAAUGAAUCAUCAGCAGUUAUUCCUAAAGUAGAAGAUUGUGGCGGUCAUUGUUCCAUGAAGCUGGACAAACCGCCAUCUAUAAAAGAAGAGGCAACAAAUGAUAACUUGCUUCAGAAUGUGCAUUGUUCAGAAAUUUUAACUAGUAAAAAGAGUGUAGUAGAUACAGUUACAAGCAAGAAAGAAUGUUUGCCUUUGAAUAGUCGGCAACAAUCACUUGAUGUGAAUGAUAUCAAGAGGGCAAAGACAGUUUCAGACACUCAUUCAGAUCCUGUGACAGAGGAGAAAUCUUGUUCUGCAAACAAAAUCACUAUUGAUGACUGUAAUGACAAGGUAAGCGUACUUGACUCAAUUAAGAAGCGGUGCUCUGUAAAAGGCCUAAAUAGAGAACUAUCAGGCAAAGUAGAUCAGGCUGGUCUCAUUCAAGAUGGGCUAGGUAAAUCUUAUCAUCAACUUGUCUCUGCGCCAUUUGAUCAAGAGGAGAAAAAUGAUUUUCUACAUUCUUCCUUACGAGCUCUACAGAAAAGAAGGGAUGAUCUGUGUCAAAAACAACGCAUUCUGGAAGACGAAAUUGCUCAGUGUGAGAUGAAAAUCCAGACAAUUUUAACUGAAGGGGAAAAGAAAAUGUUGAUAGCUGAGUCAAGAGCAGAAGCCUCAGAUGAAAUGCAAAUCGGAUUUUCUUCGUGUUCUGAUGAAAGGCGCCAAAAUCAAAGAUUGAAAAGAAAGACAUUAUCAGAGGCAGUUCUUUGUUUACGGAGUUCAUGCCAGGAGCUGGACGAUAUUUGCUUGGAGAAUAACUGGAUACUCCCAAGAUAUGGUGUGCUUCCCUCUGUUGCAGAUGGAAAGUUUCAGGCCAGUGUAGCAGUGAAGGGUGUAGACUUUGAAUGCACUGCUGAUGGGGAUUCAGUGCGAAGCCCGCGCGAAGCACGCGAAUCCGCAGCCGCUCACAUGCUAACCAAACUCCGCAGCAUGGCGAGCCAAAGCAGCGACUAAAAGACCGAAUAGUCGAAUCUGAACUAACAUAUGCUUUCCCUUUUCUCUUUUUUCCUUUUUUUAGUAUUUUGGAGGUCUAUGGCCUUAACGAUAGGAGAUUGUACUUUUGAGAUGAUGCUACAGCUACCAGUAUUAGGGAGCCUUUUGAGUAUAUACCCGGAUGAUAGAAGCAGAUGAUAGGUUGUUUUUGAACCUACAACCCUUCUUGUUGAUAUCUCAUCAGAAACUCUUACACAUACUCAAAAUUAGGAUGUUUCUUAACCAAUUCAAGUUCGUCGUAUGUAUAAACAAUCACUCUUUAGCUCGUCAUAUGUAUAAACAAUCUCUCUCUCUCUCUCUC